AUGUCGGCGUCAGCAGGGUCCUGGCUAGCCCUGGCCUGUGUAGUGGCGCUACUCGCGGUGCCGCGCUACUCGGCGGACCUCGAGCCCGUACCGCCCGACUUCCGACCCACCCACCCCGACUACCAACAGGCCCUGCUCCUGCUGACCAUCGCUGCAAUCGCCGGGUGUUUGCUGGUGCUUAGCUGCGGCGGGUGCUUCUCGUGCGUAGCGGCGGGCCUGCUGCGCGUAGCGGCCGAUAGAAACAGAAGGAAGCCCAGAAGCACCAAGAGGCCGCAUCGCCAGUGGCGGACGUGCUUGUGGGUUGCUGCCACCGCUAUGUUGGCCUUCACGGGAGUCGCCUUAGAGCUCAACUCAUCAGGAUGUCCCGACCCCAGGUUCGUAGGGGUUAAUCUUGCUACUGCCUCCGUCCGGUUGGGCCAUGACAUCGGCCACUCCUUUCAACCCCUCCACAACCUGAGCAAGGAGGUGGGCCACGCGCUGGACACCGCCCAGGCUCUGCUGGCGGACAGUGAAGCAGCCUACCCCCGGGUGCUCUUCCUGCGCGACCUUGCACUCUCCCUCGAGCCCCAGGUCGAUGCCCUGCACCGCAGUGUAGACCAGUUGCUCGACGUCCUCCGCCGCUACCCCCAUGCUCGAGAGCUCGAUCGGCAACUGGGGCGUCUGACCGGCAGGAGCGUGAUUCGGGACAUGCCUCAACUCUUCCCCAGCCUUCGCAAUCAGCUGCAUUCACUGGACACCCUUCUGCUCUCCCCGAUUCAAGCUCCACUCACUUCAUUAAAUCAGGAGAUCUCUGCUCUACAAGGGGUGAUCAACGUGCAGGCCAUCGGCGGGCUGCAGUUCGGACUGUUCUUCUUCAUGAGCCUCGAGUCCGCUCUCCUCUCCGAUGCAAGGUUCGACAGGGACCUCUUGCACUGGCUCGACUCCAAGGAAAGGGAAGUACAGCCGAUCAUCUUGGCCAAGCUGCGUCAGCUCGUGAACGCCGUCGUGGCCGAACGAAGCCACUACCCCUCUGGCGUUGUGCACCAAGCCCAAAUCAUCGACCAGAAGUACCUGCGAGCGGAUGAAGCGCUCGAGGCCAUCGGGCCUGUAGAUGCCCUCAUCCAGGCGCUCUCCUCGUCGGAUUACUCCACUCCGGAGGUGGCGAACGCCCUACGCGACCUAUUGCAGGUCCUGGACCAGAAGCUCACCCCGAGGGGGUUGGUCGAAGCGAGGAAGCUCAAGAGCGGCAUUGCAUUCCUCGCGGACCGAGCUGCCAUCGACCGAAUGAAGGAGAACCUUGUCGACAAACAGUUUGGAGCCUAUCAGCGCAAGAUGGCCCAUGUCAAGAGUGCCGACGUCAACUCUCUCCUCGUCCGGUGGCACCAGCUCCACACCAAACUCAGGGAUGGCCUGGGCAACGUUACUGCCCACUGGGCACGGGUCAUCGUCUUGUUGUUGGUGGCCGCCCUGUGGUGCAGCCUCGAGAUGGGACUCUACCUGCCGGCGUCCGUGGCGAUUGCCGACUGGUGCGCGGCGCCCGAGGACUCUGUCGUGUCCCUCCUCCGCGAGCAUGCGUCCUUGCCCCUGGAGAGCACCGUCCACUACUACCUCCAGUGCAAGGGCGAAAACCUGCUCGUCCCUUCUCUCGACUACGCCAGCCAAGAGCUGCACAAGGCCACCACCGAGCUCAAUCAUGGGAUGAACUACACGCUCGUCGUGCCCUCGGCCAAGAACAUCACGACGGAGCUGAUGACGGCUCUAGUGGACGGCGAGAGCCGACUCGAGUCGGUGCGAAGGUUGACCAACUGCAGCAUUGCCAGGACCCCGUUCGACCAGGUCAAGUCUGCGAUGUGUGGCGAGCUGCUGCGAGGGUCCGUCCAUCUGAUGCUGGGCCGGAUGGCGAUGGUGCUCCUGGUCUCGUUCGCCCUCUUUUCCGCGUGGCUGGCCGUCGCAGCCCACGCCAACUACGCCGACGCUGUCGCCGCGAGGCUGCCGCUCCUCUGGAUCGACAGCGGAGAGGAGGAGUACCUCAAGCUGUCCACCACCGAUGACGCCGACCACCAGGACCACCAUGAUCAAGCAGACGAGGACAAGGCAUCGAGCCCCCUUAGAGAAGGGAUCUCCGCCCACCAAUCAGGCAUUGGCAAUUCGUGA